GAUUCCCAACACUCCAGUGACAUCUGCAACGUGUUCGCCAACUUAAAGAGGAAGUGCACCUAAGUGCUGCAAACUUUGAAACACAAGUGGGUAAUAAGUAGAUUAUGGAAAAGUUGUGUCGUGUUGUCGACUUUGUUUCCACAACAGACGAAGAAACAACUUUCUUUCUCCAACUGAAAUAUAUGCUUUUCAAGUUUUUAUUUUGAAACAUUACAACUUAUGUCAUAAAAUACUAAUGAAAUGCACGGUCAUCUGCGCAGUGCUGUUCUCACCAGCUGAUCUCAAUCGGUUUGUUAUGUGUUCUUCAGACUUGCAGAAGUCCAUCAUUUCUCAUCGCUGCCCAUUACAUCUCACACCUCAUUACAUUUCAAUUUCAUUUGGGAAGGCACUGUCCAACAGACAUAUCAUGUAGCAUGCAACAUCAAUAGACCCUUUAUGGAUUUGUCAAAAAUAAAUGGUCAAUGGAGCAAAUUCCUGUUUCUGCAGCUCCCCCAUUUACCAAACAAAUAAACACAUGAACAAUCUCAUCCUUGCCUGGUGCUCCGACACAAAACAAAAUAUCCCUUUUACAAGGAACAGGCUACAGGACAAUGUUUACAAAGUCCUCAUUAAGGAAGUGGUGAGAUAACACACACAGACAGACACACACACACACUCACACGCACACAGGGACACACAAACACAGGGACACAAACACUGAGAAAUGCAGAGCUUACCAUAUCAUAGAUAACAGACAGAAAGAAAGAGAGCUAGAGAGAGAGAGAGAGAGAGAGAGAGAGAGAGAGAGAGAGAGAAGAGAGAGAACAGAGGGAGAAACUGAGAGAAAAAACACAAGGGAUGCCUCCUUUGGACACAGCAAAGCCACCCUCUAGCCGGAACUCCAACUCUUUAGAAAACAACAUCAAAAGGUGUGCAUUAGGAUAAAUGGCAUGAGAUCUGGAAUGAGAGUCGUUUAUCAGGGUUCCACACACAGCAAGAGGAACACACAGGGAGAGCUACAGAACACAGACCUCCUCACUGGUCAACUCCAAGGGUCAACAGAACCUUUUGAGUCACCAGAGAACCGACAACCAACCGGAUCAGCAAGAGAAAAACACGGUUGCUGUUUCUCACCCUUCAUCAAGCUGAAUCCAACCUCCAGUGGACCGUUGGAUUAACACAUUUGAUAGAUAUAAUUCUGUUCAAUCUCAACAUUGGAUAGUCCCUGUGGAUAUACCAAGAACAGUAGCACUCCUCUCCAUGGCGGACAAUGGGCUCUCCAGGUUAGAGGCUACCUCUAUCACCAGGACUCCCUUCCCCCUGCUCCCCUUGCUGCUCCUGAUGUGGCCCCUGUCUGGGCAGGGCAGCCCCAUCUCCCUGGCCCCAGAGAGACAUCGCCCUGCUCCAGGUCUGGGGGACGGCCACGGGGGCGUCAUAGACCCAUCUCUGUUGGAGCAGGACAGGGAUGUGGACAUGCAGAGCCUGCUGGAGAGCCCCCGGACCUUCAACUUGUCUGGCCUGGGCACACCUGCCCAGGCACCUGGCAGUGUCCGUGUGGAGCCGCCAGAGUACAUGAUGGAGCUGUACAACCGCUUUGCCAACGACCACACCGCCAUGCCCACCGCCAACAUCAUCCGCAGCUUCAAGAACGAAGACUCGUCUCCCUGCAGUUUGGGCAGUAGAGGGGUGAGACAACACCCUCUGCUCUUCAACGUAUCCAUACCCCACAAUGAGCGUAUCACAACCGCAGAGCUGCGUCUCUAUACUUUGGUCCAGACUGAUCGCAACCUCUACGCUGGGGUCGACCGCAAGGUGACCAUCUACGAGCUGGAGCAGCAGGACGGAACAGGAGAGGACAACAGAACAGCGAAGGACACCGAUAGAGGAGGAGCAGGAGGAAGAGGUGGAGGACGGGAGGAGUUAGUAGAGCUGGCAUCACGGCAGGUCUAUGGUACUGAUAACGCCUGGGAGGCCUUUGACCUAACUGCUGCCGUCCAACACUGGCGCAAGUCAGAGUACAGCACCACCCACAGGCUGGAGGUCCACAUAGCAAGCCUGGCCUCCGAGGGGGAAAGAGGGCAGACACUAGCAGACGGUGAGGGAGAAGGAGAGGGGAGGAGGAUAUGCAGGGGAGACAUGGAGAUAGACAGCAGCGCAGAUGACAAACACAAACCCCUGAUGAUUAUCUUCUCCGACGAUCAGAGUGGUGAUCACCGCGAUGACAAGCGGGAGCUGAACGAGAUGAUUGGACACGAGACCUCGGAAGCGGUGCUUCAGGGUGACCUGGAGCUGAAUAGGCUGUGGGGGGAGCUGGGCCGGGUGGGGGGCGAGGAAGAUGAGAAGGAGCAGGACGAAGAGGCCCUGCUCCAGAUGCGCUCCAAUCUGAUCUAUGACACGGCCUCCCGAAUCCGCCGCAACGCCAAGGUCAACCAGUGUAAGAAGCAGUCGCUGUACGUGGAGUUUAAAGACAUCGGCUGGGACAGCUGGAUCCUAGCGCCUGCCGGGUACGAGGCCUUUGAGUGCAGUGGCAUCUGCACAUACCCGCUGACCAAACACGUGACGCCCACCAAGCACGCCAUCGUCCAGACACUGGUGAGCAUGAAGAGCCCACAGAAGGUGACGCGGGCCUGCUGCGUGCCCACCAAGCUGGAUCCCAUCUCCCUGCUUUACAUGGAUGACACCGGAGUAGUCACGUACAAGUAUAAGUUUGAGGGCAUGGUGGUGGCAGAGUGUGGCUGCAGAUAGCUAGUCCACUCUGCUGGUCAUAUAGACAUGGAGAGAGACAUUCGUGAAGAGAAAUGACAGGGUGUGGAUGGAACAAAGCAAAGACUACAUUUUUUUUUCAAGCAGGAUUGGUUUUAGAGUAGAUGGACUCUGAAAUGAAUCUAGAAUCACAGUUGAGAACAGUUGACAAGAAAAACAGCUAUGACAUGUAUGUGUAUAUAAGAUGGAUCUAAACUAAACAGUUUGUACAUUGUGUAUGUAUAUUUUGUAUUUCAGGAAAAUGUAUAUUUUAUUUUGUACAGUAAAAUAUCUAUGAUACUAAUUCAUAAUUCUGUAAUAGAAGCAGUUGGAUGCAAUUUGAAGCUAAAUAACACAUUUGGAAUUUGCAAAAAAAAGUUUGGACCUUUAAAAAUAAACUAUCCUUAGGUCUCUCGAAGGGUUCCGGCAAUACAGCAACCAGCCAUACAGUGAUGUCCAAUAGGCCUAGCUGGUGGGACCACAUAGGGUUCUCCACAGUUAGCUCUCCACUGACAUUGAUCUCAUGUCUUCCUCUCCACUUAUCGCUGUUUUCCCCCUCCCUGGACGCUAACACUAAUCCACACCUCAUUUAGCAUGUCUCCCUAACAGCAACAGGCCUCCCAAGGGAAACACAAACCUGACUGGACUGGACUUCUGGUAGGGGCCUGCCCUCAUCCUCAUCCCCACCACCUCCCCCUGGCAUUUAGGACAGUGGGCUGAGGUCAGGGCAGCAGUUAGGGUGGGCUGGGUUAUCUCCCUCGAGCCCUCACCCACCUUCCCACAUCGGCCUCAGAGUCAGUCACAUGCCGUGCGAGCCGCUUUCUCCCACUCCUCCGCACCGUGCCGAUAAGGAGGUGUUGGCGGUGAGAAACAUGUGCUCCACCACUCAGGGCUGGAGGUGCUGGGGGAGCGGAGGGGGGAGGAGAGGGGGGGUGGCCUGUCAAGAUUCCAUGGGUACUAAUAGAAACAGAUUCUACUGGCUCACUUUUAAUAACACUGGUAACUUAUUUUGGGUUAACUUUUUAGAACUCCAAGCACAGAUAGGACACAUGGAAAUUAAUUUCCUGAGGUAUUAAUCAUACAAACACAUUUAUAUUUUAAUUGUGACACGUCAUCAGUGCGAUUCAAACCUAUAAUCGUCUGAUCUCUAUCCAUGGAAUUAUGAAGUCGGCUGCGGCACCAGGCUGGAGCUAGCAUUCCAUGUUUGAACUUUUAGGAAACGUUCUAUUGAAAUACCAAGAAAAAAAAACGUUUUUUAUGUUAAGUUCCUUAUAUGUGCUGAGAAUGUGCUAAAGCCAAUCUUGACAGGGGUGGCCUGUCAAGAUUCCAUGGGUACUAAUAGAAACAGAUUCUACUGGCUCAACUCACUGACCGACCCCCAUCAUGUGCCCCCUCCAACCUCCUCUCCCUCCCUUUGUUUCUUUACCUUCCAUACAUCCCUCUCCCCCUGGCCCUGAAAUCCUUCACGUUUAAGGAAAAGAUUUCCAUAUAUUUGGCCUGUUAUCAUGGACAGGCUGAGAAGGUGAGUGGAGAGUAUGGCACUUCAUGUCUCUCCUCCCCUCCUCUGAGAGUCCUGUGUGGAGUCCUUUCUUGUUGUUCUGUGUUCUUGUAAUACAAAUGUAAUACAGUUCUCUGCUGCUUGGGUAACGUGAAAGCCUAUUUAUUGAUUAAUUUAUUGAUUUUACUAUGACAAGUAGGUGAUUAUGUAAAAUUGUACAACAUGGAUAUGCAUACAGAGGGUGAACAUACAGUACAUACCCUGACCAUAUUGUAAAAUAUGUCUUUAAUUUAUAAAUAUUUUAUGAAUAUUA